AUGAAACUAUCAGUUGCUGUACUAUCAUCGAUCCUGCUUGUUUGUUCAGUCACUACAGCCAAUCCAAUCCAUCCCAGUUCGACUGCAAGUACAGAAUAUGUCUCUUCGACAGCUAUUCCCAGUUCAACUACAAGUACCGAGUUUAAUCCCUCUGCAACUCCUAAUGCAAACGGCAUAGACUUGGGUAGUCUUGAUUCAUUUUCAGAUGAUAUCCAAGAUUUGUUCAAAAACUACUUGAAAAAACAACAUGACUAUGAUGAACAUAAAAAAAAAUGCAAAUUGAUAAAGCUUCAAUUUGAGGAUCAACAAAAACUAGUAAAACAUACAAGGGAAAGGUUUGGCAAUUUGAGACGUACGGCUCAGAGAAACGGUCGCGGCAAUUCAAAAUAUAGCGAUGAUGAUGAAAUGAAAGAGCUUAGGAAUAAGUUUCAGGAAGGACAUUCCAGACUUGGCGAACUUCAAAGAAAAAAGAACAAGUGUAGAUUCGAGCUUAGUCAUUUUAAUCAACAGCUGGAUUUCGCCAAAGUAAAUCUCGUGGAGUUCAUUUUUGGAGCAUCUUUCAAUCUUGAAUCGCUCGAUGGCCAACUUUUGCUUAUCCUUUCAGAUCCUUACGCUAAACAAUACCUCGGCGAAUUAUGUGGUGGUGAACAAUCAUCAGCAUGCAGUGAUGAUUCUGAUCAAAACUCUAGUGAUGGACAGCAGCAACAUCAAAAUCUUGAUGAUGACAGUUUUGAAGAGAUUGAUCUUAAUGAUCCUAGUGAUGGAGAACGUCAAGAUCCGCAACCGCAAACACAGUCUGGAUCUCGCUCCUUUGGACAAAGAGCCCCCGCCUUUAGACGAAAAGCUCACACCUUUAGACGAAGAGCUCGCACCUUUAGGCAGAAAGCUUCCGCCUUUAGGCAGAGAUUUGUAUCCUUUAAACAUAGAGUUUCCUCUGGUAUACGUAAAGCUUUCUCCAGACUUGGUAGUGGGUUUAGAUCUCUUGUUGAACGAUUCAGACGUGAGAAUUAA